ACAGUAGCUGAGAUACUCGUUUCAAUGACUAUUAUCCAUCUGUAGGAGUUUAGUAGAUGACCUCUUAUCAGCCUUUCUUGUCUUUGAAGCAAAAACUGAUACCCAAUGCUGACAACUUCUCAUUCUCUAUCUCUCUCUCUCUCUCUCUAACAAUUGUCUUCUAAUAUCCAAACGCACACAAAGAGACACUAAGUUGGAAGAUCUAGAUGGGUUCAUUUCAGACAUCAAAUGGUUUAGACACUUCAUGUGGAUAUUUACUUCAAGAACUGCAGAUGAUAUGGGAUGAAGUCGGAGAAGAUGAGUUUGAAAGAGAGAAGGCUUUGCUGGAUUUGGAGGAGGAGUGUUUAGAAGUUUACCGGAGAAAAGUUGAUCGAGCAAACAUGUCAAGAGCUCGCCUGCAUCAGGAGUUGGCAGAAUCUGAAGCUGAAUUCACCCAUCUUCUUUUAUCCCUUGGUGAACCAUCACUUCCUGCCCGGCCAGAAAAGACGGGAAGGACGCUCAAGGAACAGCUAGAUUCAAUGUCACCUGCUUUGCAAGAAAUGCGGUUGAGAAAAGAGGAGAGAGUGAACGAGUUUCGAGCUGUGCAAGGGCAAAUUCAGAAAAUUUCUGCACAAGUAGCAGGUCAAUCAGAAUAUGACGAUUCAUCAACAAAGAUCAUAGUGAAUGAGAAUGAUCUCUCUCUCAAGAAAUUAGAGGAAUAUAAAACUGAACUUCAAAGACUCCACAAUGAGAAGAAUGACAGGCUUCAGAGAGUGGAAAAGUACAUAAGUACAAUCCAUGAUUUAUCUGCAAUCCUGGGGAUUGAAUCCUCUAUGAUCAUAACUAAGGUUCAUCCAAGCUUGAAUGAACUGUACGGAAUAUCCAAAAACAUAAGUGACAGUAUAUUGGCCAAGCUAAACAGCACGGUGGAAUCUCUUGAAGACGAAAAACAACAGCGGCUUGAGAAGCUUCACCAUCUUGGUAAAUCCUUAAAGAACUUGUGGAAUCUUAUGAACACACCCUUCGAAGAUCGUCAACCGUUUUCCCAUGUAACUAAUUUACUAUCCAUCUCAUCAACAGAAGUUUCUUAUCCUGGAAGCCUUACUAUAAAUAAAAUCCAGCAGGCUGAUGCUGAAUUCAAGAGACUAGAUCAAUUGAAAGCAAGCAAGAUGAAGGAACUUUUCCUAAAGAAGCAGAAUGAACUAGAAGAGAUAUGCAAUAAAUCACACAUGUAUAUACCUUCAAGAUCGGAGAUGGAAAACAUCAUAAACCUCAUAAAAUCUGGGGGGAUUGACCAUGCCAAUCUCCUCAUGACCAUGGAUGGACAGAUAUCAAGAGCAAAGGAAGAAGCCUCUAGUCGGCAAACAAUAAUGGAGAAAGUAGAAAGAUUGAUGUUAGCACGUGACGAGGAGCGGUGGCUUGAAGAAUAUAGCAUGGAUGAGAAUCGAUAUUCAGUCAGCAGAGGUGCUCAUAAGAAUCUGAGACGUGCAGAACGGGCCAGGGUAACAGUCAACAAAAUCCCAGUGGUUGAAACACUUAUAGCAAAAACAAAGAGCUGGGAAGAAGAGAGAAAGAAAGUUUUCCUAUAUGAUGAGGUACCUCUCCUUGCAAUGUUGGAGGAGUACAACAUGCUGCGCCAGGAAAAAGAGGACGAGAAGCUAAGACAACGGAUGGCGUUUCCUCAGCAGAAGAAAAAGGUUCAAAGCCAAGUAAUUACAGAGCAGGAUAGUUUCUCUAUUUCAAGGCCAACCACCAGUAGUCGGCAUAUUUCAAGUAGGAGCUUGAACGGAGGUUUCAGCAAUGCAACCACUAUAAACAGAAGGCUGUCCUUGGGCAUCGAAAAGUUGGAGUCCAAUGGCAAAAUUUCAACAACUCACGACAUAUCCUUCAUCAGAAAAGGAAGAGCAGUCCAAGGAUAAAAAGUUCCAGCUCAGUUACAGCUUGUUUCUCAUCUUAGAGAUGAAACUGCCUCAGUGGUCUCAGUGUUUUCUGGCCCCAUAUCGCCUUGAGUCUUGUGGAAGACUUGUCAAGAUCAGAACCAGAAGUUUUCGAAAUUUCUUUGCUUGAGGAUGAUGUAUCUUCUAGAAGAAUAAAUCCAUUUUUACAUCAGUUUCAGUAAAUACGUUGUGUAUCUAAUUCCUGUAUUGACCUCAUUUAUAUAGACCCCUUCAGAAUCUUGAUAACAAAUACAAAUAAAUUGACAUUCA